UAUGUACAUUUCUCCUUCUGUAAAAUAUUAAUAUAGUAAUUAGCUAGGUGAAAUCAACUAAUAAUCCUUACUAUUAUUCUAAGUAGUAGCCAAUCUGUAAUCUUUUUCCCUUUUAUCAACCUGAUAUUGUUUUGGUCAGAUCUUGCUUUGUGAGUUGUGGAUUUUGGUAGGACUUAUUUCAUUACAAAGCCAAAUCUCCCCCACUCUAAACUCCUCAAAUAUCAUCAUAGCAGAAAGACCAAAAAAGAACCAAUGCCAACCACCAAGUUAAUAAUUCAAAUUUGGUGAUAGCUUUUUAGUUAUACAUAGAAUAUAACUGACUCAAAGAAUGGAAGAGUUUCAUGUUUUAGCUGUUGAUGAUAGCUUGAUUGAUAGGAAGCUGAUUGAGAGGCUCUUUAGAAUCUCUGCUUGCCAAGUUACUACUGUAGAUUCUGGAAACAAAGCUUUAGAAUUCUUGGGGUUACAUCAACAUGACCCUUGUGUUUCUCCUCAUGCCCAACAGAAUUUGCAAGAAGUGGAAGUAAAUCUUGUUAUCACAGAUUACUGUAUGCCUGGAAUGACAGGCUAUGAUUUGCUCAAGAAAAUUAAGGAAUCUCCAUCCUUGAAAAACAUUCCACUAGUCAUUAUGUCAUCUGAGAAUGUUCCCUCAAGAAUCAGUAGAUGUUUAGAAGAAGGUGCAGAAGAAUUUUUCUUGAAACCAGCCAGGAUAGCUGAUGUGAAUAAGCUUAAACGUCACAUGAUGAAAACCAAAUGCAAAAGCUUUGAUGAACCUGAGAAAAUUGUCACAAAGGUAAACCAAGAAUCAUCACCUGAAAUCGCAAACAUUUCCUCAGGUGACGAUCCAUGCUAUAUGCUGGUGCAGUUCUAAGUGCAUUGUCUAGAUCAUCUAUCAAAUCAUUAACAUCUUCCAUUCCAACAGAAAUUCAAACUAGCUAGAUCGUCAGUAAAACCUCUAGCCUCACGUACUGCACUUGGGGAUAGAUUGUAGAGUAUACUCACCAAAACCGACUGUAAUGCUGAAGUAUUUGGUAACCUCAACGAUGACAUGCUUAGAAAGCGCCAAUGACGCUGUCUGAAAAACUCAGUACAGAUCCUGAACCUUUGGCCUGUAACACCAGCAUGAAAAGGUGAUCAAAUUCCAAUGGAUCGUCAUAGUAACUAACUCUGAAUUCAAGAUUUUGAUCAAGCAAAAAGAAAAAGAUAGCAAGCUAAGAGACUUCGUAAAUGUUCCAAAAAGACAUCGGAUACACGAACCUUAAGAAAUUACAAGAGGAGGAAUGGAGCUCAACAACUAGUGAAAUAUUUGUCAACUGAAGCAGCGACGACGACAGCAACGUGGGACUUGUAUUCUUCUUGCGUCACUAUCCACAUUUCAUCACUUCUAACUCAAUAUAUACAUGAUUUUGGAGUUCCUUAAAUUCAUAUAAACAUUCAAAUGUAUGUGUCCGACUUCUAAGUCCAAAUACAAGUGUUAAUUAGAGUAUCACUUUUCGCGAACUACGUAGGCAUUUGGCCAUGAAUAUUAUUCACAGUAUUUUAGAAUACUUGUCAAAUCGGAAACAGCCUCUCUACUUCUUCGAAGGUAGUGGUAUGGACUGCGCACAUUCUACCCUCCCCAAACUCCACUAUGUGGAAA